CGCCCUUGAGCGUAGAAAAGGAAGAGAGGCACUACUCUUCGCACAGACAACACGCGGGCAGUGAGCAAGACGAGACAAAGUCAUGGCUUCAAGGAUUUGGCACAUUCUUCUAGAACAAAGGCUCCUUCUUCUGCUUCAUCUAGCUGUAGCCAUAACCAGACUCAGGUCAGCUGAUGCUGGACAUUCUCCUCCAACUGUGUAUCAUCGGGUGGUUGGAGAAAAUGUCACCUUCUACUGCCCUGCAGCGCAAGAAUCGCAACUGCAGUUUCUGUACUUUCAAAAAGAUGUUGUUGGUGCAAAGCCCAUUUUCUUUAAUGGAUAUCAUUUUUCAAAACCUCUUCCAAAUCGACGUCCAAACACAGAAAUGGAUCAAAACCACACAAAGAUGCACAUCUACGGACUAAACCUAUCUGACAGUGGGGAAUACCAUUGUUUUUAUAUGUAUAAAGAUACUGCAAGUGACGAUCCCAUCAAGAUCCAGAUUUAUCUUAAUGUCACAGCUGUCUUCAGUAAGCCUGAAAUGACAGUCAAAUGUAAAGAAGAAAGCGGCGUCCCAUCGGACUGUAAUGUGACAUGCCACUCACAUAAUGGGUUAUCAGGAAAAUGGAUGGAGUGGAAUGUUACUGGAAACAUCAACAAGGAAAUGUGGAAGGUUCUCCUUAACGAUGAAAGUCCUUCCAGAGACGAGUUGGUUAGCAUCUCCAGCACCGCAAAUUUUAACUGCUGUGGUGAUGAAGUGAAGGUGUCCUGCUCUGUGGACAGGUUCACCUCAGAGACCGUCUCAGUGUGUUCUUCUAAGGUCCCUCCUGACCCAUCUUACAAAUUCAAUUCUGCAGUGAUAGCUGCAAUUGUUAUUUGUUCGGUUUUCGUGUUUGGCCUGCUUUUGUUUUGGUGGUGGAAGAACAGAACAACAGGUACUGACAAAGGGUCAGUAGAACGAAACACUGUAGAGGAGGUCAUAGUUCUAAAUAAUAUAAGAGGAGAGCCAAUGGGAUCAUGAAUGUCUACAAGAACAUUUGAACUGCAGCUCAAACGUCCUGGAAUGCAGGACCUAAUCUAUUUGUCAGUCAAACGCACAUGUGACCUAAAGCCGGUGCAUGAAUGCCCACCGAGCCUUUGACUCACCAGGGAGUGACAGUACGGCAUCACAGCAGAAGGAAGUAUUUACAUUUAACUGGUGAAAUUGUGCGUCAUCAAACAAAAGUGGUUAACUUUCCAAAGAAAUGGCAUUUCCGAUAGGGCGUGGUUCAUUGAGUUCUGAGCACACAAUGUAAAAGAACGUCGAAUGGAAACCUCUACCGAAGACGAGAAGUAAAACUGAACCUCAUGAAGUCUCUUUUGUUGCACUGAGCUUUGCUGGAAUGACUGCUCUACAUUCACAUUUGCAGAUCUGGUUUUGAAUGUGCUGAUGUCUCAGGACUCUUCAGUGAACAUUUUAUAAUAUUAUAAAUCAUUCUACAAAAAGAAAAAAAAAAUUAUAUUUAUAAAAAGGUGUUUGAACCAGCAAGACUAGUAGCUUGAAGGAACUGUUCACGGCUUGAUGUCAGUAUUUUGUGUGCACAGAUAUGUGCACUUUGACAUUAUGGUAUCAGUUCCAGUAAAGUGCAAUAUUUAUAGAAUGAGAACUUUGUUCUUUUUAAGUAAACUUUUAUAUUUGCCCGUCUUCCUGUUUUUAGAAGAAAGUAACCAUAUAUGUUGGACUAUCAUGAUAUGUUUAAGUUAUUGUGUCUCUCUUUUUUAUGAUGUACAAUGUAAUGUUUACUCUGUUUACGCAGUUUGGGGAGAGGAGCUGUCUGGUUUUCCCCUUUGCUCUGAGUUACCAGACAGCUUCAAAAAGCUGCUUUCAUUUCCCUAAAAUGUGCAUCACAGUUCUCUUCAGGGACACUUCUGUUUUUUUUUUUAUAUGUGAUGAAAUAUUUUUUGUAUCGACAUUUGUAAGAAAACAAAUAAACUAUGUAUUUAAAUUUUAAUAAUGCUGGGGAAACAAAUGUUGAACCUCAUAUGCAGAUGUCUGUAUUUAAAUCAUUUUGAAAUUUGAGAGAAAAAUUGCGCACACUGUUCUGACACUAAAGAGGUUACUGUGGUGCCACAAUAAAAAUAAUUCAGAGUGAGCUUAUGUAACCAAACUAGAUGAUUUAGUGCCUAACUGUGAAGCAUAAUGAACAUAUUGCAUGGUUAAAAAGCAAAUAAAAAUGUGAAAUGUG